AGGUCAGAGGUCAGAGUGGGCGUGGCCUCUCCUCUCCUCUCCGACCGACGCUGCAGGUUCAGGUCACUUUGACUCGUUAGCCGGUUGACAUGCUGCUGACGAGCUGCUGGAUCCUGAUCUCUGCCGUCGCUGCUGCAGCAGUGUUUGUGGAGAAGCGCGACGCCAACGCUGUGCUGCAGAGAUGGAGGCGAGCCAACAGCGGCUUCCUGGAGGAGCUGAAACAAGGAAACCUGGAGAGAGAAUGCAUCGAAGAGAUCUGCAACUACGAGGAGGCUCGAGAAGUGUUCGAGGACGACGCCAAGACGAGGCAGUUCUGGCUGAAGUAUGAACGUCGUGACCCCUGCCUGGUGAACCCGUGUCUCAACAACGGGACGUGUAUCUAUGUUGGGAACUCGUACGACUGUCAGUGUGCUGAAGGAUACGAAGGACGAUACUGUCAGACGGUGUUUGAAGACUCUUUGAAGUGUCUCUUCCAGAACGGACAGUGUCAGCAUUUCUGUGACGGUUCUGGAGAAAGACGUAAAUGUUCCUGCGCUGACGGAUACGUGCUGGGAGAGAACGGACGAGACUGCGUCGCUCAAGAGGAGUUUCCGUGUGGUCAGCUUCAGCCGCAGGAUUCAGGCGUCAAUCAGACUGUUGUGAGUCAAACCAGGCUGGUGGGAGCCAAUCACUGUCGCCGAGGAGACUGUCCCUGGCAGGUCCUGAUUCAGUUAAACGAGAAGAGUCACUGUGGAGGAGCUCUGAUUGGUCCAGAGUGGGUCAUCACUGCUGCCCACUGUAUCCAUGGCAACGACCCCCAAAACCUCACAGUGGUGGCAGGAGAACACAACCUGGACGUUGACGACGGCACCGAGCAGAGGAUCCCCGUUUCCAUGGCAAUCGCCCACGAAGGUUACGUCCCGGCGACGGGCGACAGCGACAUCGCCCUGUUGAAGCUGAGCCGGCCCGUCACACUGAGCCGCUUCGCUCUCCCCGUCUGCCUCCCAACCAAACAGCUCGCCGAGCAGGAGCUGCUAUUGGUCCGCUACCACGCCGUCUCCGGCUGGGGCGCCAGGAUCACCGGGGGCAACCGACCCGGCGACGCGCCCGUCCCCAACACCGACCCCGUCCUCCGCAGGAUGUCCAUCCCCAUCCUCCAGAACUCCCAGUGCUCCCAGAAAGCCCAGUUCAACUUCACCGCCAACAUGCUGUGUGCCGGCUACCUGGCCGGCUCGCAGGACAGUUGCCGUGGAGACGACGGCAGUCCGCUGGUCACGCUGUACGGAUCCACUCACUUCCUGACGGGCGUGGUCGGCUGGGGGCGGGGCUGUGCGCACCCGGGGUAUUAUGGGGUGUACGCCAACAUGGCCGGCUUCGUGGAUUGGGUGGAGGCCACGAUGAAAGACCCGCCCACUGUGACGACAGCCAAUGAGAAAGCAGCUGCUGACAUGCUGCAACAGAAACUAGUUUAAUAGAUUUUUUAACAGUGAUUUAACGCAGAGAUUUAGUUUAAUUCUUUAUUUUAUCCUUAAAACAUGAUGUUAAAUGAUUUGAUGUUCCACUUUUUCAGGUUUACAUUCGUCUCGUUGGUUCUCUUUUCUGUAUCUUCAUGUAAAAGAUUAAAAAAAUAAGUAACUGA